AUGUGGUGGACUAUUACUGGGAAUUUUGGAAACAUCCUGCCGAUAGAUUGGACCAAGUCCUUUUCACGGAAAAUGCACAUUCCAACAUUAAAUCUAAGUGAUAAGAAGAACACCAUGACCCCGGACGAUGAGAUCCAUAGUUCCGAAGAUGAGGCAGUAGCUUCAGAUCUGGACAUGCACGCGCUUAUCUUGGGCGGCCUGCAUCAGGACCAUGAGUGUCCCGUUAAAACUGCUGAUGAGGUGAUCCAAGAAAUAGAUGAUAUGAUGCAAGAGACUCCGUCAUCUGAGGGAGACAAUAUAAUCGAGUACAACGAAGCUUUGGAAAAGGGGAAAGAAGUUCUCAACUCUCCUCUUUAUGAAGACAAACUCCGUCAUCUCUCCCUCGCUCAACUUAACGAGAUCUUCAUGGAACUAGAGGUGCUUAUUCGUGAAUUCUCCGAAACUCUAAUAGCCGAGCUGGCCCAUCGGGAUGAGUUAGAGUACGAGAAGGAGCUGAAGAACACGUUCAUAUCACUUCUGCUGGCCGUACAGAACAAGCGGAGACAGUACCACGUCGAGAAGAAGAAGAGGAUUGGCCCGCAACGAUCGCCUGCUCCGGGAAUCAACUCGGAAUCAAAGUAUCUGACAACCGUCAUACCGUUCCACCUACACAAUGGACCACCGGACAACCAGUCUCUCCAAGUGCUCAUUAAGAUUCUUAAGGCAAUAAACGAAGACAGCCCCACAGUCCCGACACUGCUCACUGAUUAUAUUCUCAAAGUUUUGUGCCCGACUUAA